AUGGUUCGCAUUAAUCAUAAUAAUAAAAAAAGUAAUUGUCAUAAUUCAACAAAAAGUCGGGAUUCUACUUCACGAUCAAAAUCAAAUAUAGCAAACAAUAGUUCGAUACAAGAUACAUUGUUAAAACAACCAAUAAAUGGAGAUGUAAACAAUCAAAAUGAUGAAACAAACAAAAUUCUAAAUGUUGUUCGAAGAGCCCUAAUUAAUGCUGCCGAAGAAUUAGUACAACAUAAAUCGGAAAAUUUAUUCAAUAAUAAUGAUAAUAAUUUUUCAUUGACUAUUGAAUCCAAACCUGACGAUGGUAUUACUAUAAAUACUAGUGAAGAACGAAUAUAUAGUAACAAAUACAAUAACAAAUCAAGAAAUAAUAAUUAUUUAAAAAAUAAAUAUAAUAAUAAAAAUAAACAAUUUUUAUCAUUGAAAAAUUUGACAUCAAGAAAAAAUAGUAGUGGUAAACGAAAAAUAACGACAACAAAUCAACAACGAAGAUUACAAAAACAUAUUAUACAAUUGAAAAAGAAAAAUUUAACAGGACGAAGAAAAUAA